CCUAGGCAGAGGCUCAGGGGGCACCCCCACACUCGGUGGUGCAGGCAGAGCCUGGAGUGCUGGGUGAAGGCAUUUGAGCCAAGCUGAGCACACAGGUGGGUGCUGGAGAUGUCACCUGGAACUAGCCAGUUCCAUCCAGAUCCUCCAGCAAGAGACGAUCUUAGGCCCACAGCCAUCCUAACGAUUACUCAUUCCUCACAACGCCUGUCACCAGGGCCUUUCCCAGCCCCCUUCUAUGUGAGGAACUGAGGCACAGAGAGCAGAGUGCCUUGUCCAGGGCCACACAGUCUGUGCUCCCAGAGGUUUCCAUGGGCAGUUGGGGGCCCUAGAGGGUGGUAGAGCGGGGACGUUCCUCUCCAGACCAGCCUCACCAUCAAUGCCCCUCAGGGAGGCUACUUCCCUGAGAAUGUCAAGGCCAUGACCAGUCUUCGGUGGCUGAAGCUGAACCGCACCGGCCUCUGUUACCUGCCAGAGGAGUUGGCUGCCCUGCAGAAGCUGGAGCACUUGUCUGUGAGCCACAACCACCUGACCACGCUCCACGGGGAGCUGUCCAGCCUGCCAUCUCUUCGGGUGAGUGUUGCAGAGGCCACCAAGCUUGGGAGUGGGGACUGGAGUGUAGCCAGGGGCGUGAGGGCAGGGCCAGACCCCAAGCUGGGCCAUCACCCCUGCCCACCCUGAAGGGGAGAGAAUAUA